AUGUCAGAUCCUGAAGAAUCAACACCUGCUGAAUGCGCUCCAUCCGAGACACCAACACAAGAGAUGAAUUCCUCUUCAAUAAUACGCUAUUCAAAAGAAACACUGCUGUCAUUACAUGACAGUCCUCUCGUUGCCAAACCACCCGAUAUGCCUCCAUUGUCCACUUGGUUCAGUGACGACCACGACGCAUACAUAUCAAAGAGCAUUCUAAAUGGAUCACCUGCUUCGACUCGAUUGUCAACGGCCAAUAAUACGCUAGAUAAAAACGUGCUUCUUGCCCCCAACAAGUCCAUCUUUUCAUCAGCAUCAUACGACAAACGACAAGAAGAUGCACUCAACAAUGGUCGUGGAUCUCUCACAUCACGCUAUCGUCCUAUGAAUGAUGAUGGCCGAACACGAGAUCAUAACAACAUGUCCAACAAGGAUCGGUCGUUGCGUACGGGCGAUAGGAAUUUCAUGCGAGGCGAUAAGAAUGAUCGACGCUCAACUCACAACAACAAUAACAACAGCCAUCCAAUGUCAUCCAACAACAACAAUAACAACAGAAAGCACCAUCAUUCACACCAGCAACAACAACAUCAGCAACAUGAUCGUUUAAAUGGCAAUGAUAAUCUAUCUCGACUCCGAAAAGACAAUCGUCCAGCGCGUGCCCCUGUAUCUGAUAAUACAACAACAUCAACACGUGGCUCAUCAUCAUCCGAUCGGAUUCCUGAGUGGAUGGAUUACAGCCCUGUAACAGACCAAGGUGCAACAAUGAAUCAGCAAGACAUGCCUAUCGCACCACGACCUGAGUCUGGUCUAGAUUUGGAAGCAUGGAAGCAGGAUAUGAAACAAAGGGAGGAACAAGAUGCAGGGAAUGAGACUGCUAUACAACCUAAUCCGGUUGUAUCAGCAACGGCAUCAUCGGAUUUGGAAAUGCUUUUGGGAGUUGGUUCAUUGAGUCUUCAACAACAACAGCAGCAACAGCAGCAGCAGCAGCAACUAAAGCCUACCAAUGGUGGAUCCCCAAGCAUGUCAUCCAAUGGAUCUCCUAUGGAUAUUCUAUCAGCGAGUAUCUUUGAUACAAACACUGGUUCUCCAUUAUUAUCAACAGGACGACGUGAGCGGGGCUCACGCUUUGCCAGGUUUUUCGCUCGUCGAGAGGAAGAAGCAGCUGCUGCAUCAACUCCUACACCACAACAAUCCGAACCCCAAGCACGAUCUAUUAGUGUGGAUGAUUUGUUUGGAAACAAAGGAGGAGGAGGAUCUAGUGGACUUGGUGGGAUAGCGGUUGGCAAUGGAUCAUCACAAUCGCCAAUGUCGGUUCCACCAGCUGAUAGCCCUGGCAACGUGCGUAUGCUAUCCGAAGAAGAGGUUCUACGUACACUUGGAGCUAAGCGAGGUACACCUGAUCAACUCAAUGACCUUCAAACACCAUCACCACAACAGCAACAAGCAUCCUCUGCUGAUGGAUUGGGAUUUGACAAGGUGCUUCAAAUAUUAUCACAACCAAAACCAGCAGCUCCAGGGCAACCACAACCACAACCACAAUCCCCAGCCACUACCGUUGCAUCGGUUGUCGAUAGUGAAAGCAUUAAGGAAUCUCUCAGCGAGCAUAAACCAACUACUACUACGGGUAGCAACAGCCAUGAUGAUCGAUCUGCAACCGCUUCACCUUCCUUGUCAUCAAGUGACAAGGCAUCCCAACAACAACGGGAUGAGAUUACAAGUGAAAGCAGUAGUCAACAACAACAACAACAAGCACCUGCAGCAGCCAAACCAAAGUUGAUGAAUAGUCGAUUUGCAGGCAAUUUGCCCACAUCAGUGUUACGACAAAUGAGUGCACGAUCAUCGGAAGGGCGUUCACCAUCCAUUGCAUCUGCCAAAUCAGGAACAGCUCGAUCAUCAUUGGGUGCCUCUUCACCUGCAUUGUCAAAUCGUUCUCCUGCAUUACCCAAGAACUCGUUACCAGAAUCAUCUCCUGUCAUUGGUCAUCAUUCUCCAAAUGGAAUUGCUUAUGCUCAAACAGCACCUGGUUUCCAUCAUCAGCAGCAUCCUCAUCGUAUGCCACCAUCACCAGCCUAUCCCUUUAGUGCAGGUAGUCCUGUUGGUGCUUCAGCUGCUCAUCAUCAUCCCCAUGGUCCACCACCACCACAUCCUCCUCCUAUGAGUGGUAUGCCUGGUGGUAAUAUGCGUCAACAGCAACCUCCUCGUAGCGACCCAGCAUUAGAACAGCUCUUCCAAUAUGACAAUGCAUCACCUUUGGCAGGUAGUCGUGGUGCUGCUAGUGGUCCCAUGAAUCCAAUGAUACCUCCACAGAUGACAUAUGCUCAACAGCAACAAGGCAUGGAUCACCAAUUCAUUCCUCCACCACAACAUCACAUGAUGCAGCAUCCAAUGCCUCCUCAUCAUCAUAUGCCUCCUGUCGCCAAUCCAAUGCUACCUCCUCACCACCAUCAUCAUCUUCCACCUCACCUUCAAGGUCAAUUGCCUCCACAGUUUAUGCAACGUGAUAUGAUGACACCUCCUGCUGGUGCACUUGGAAAUAUGCCUCCUCCACACAUGAUGGCCAAUGGUAAUGCAGGUCUUCCACCCCACUUAUUUACCAAGAGUCCUGGCGGAGGAGGAGGAGGAUGGGAUCGUCAUUGA